ACCUAUAAGAAGUGGAGCUCAGAGGGUCGAGGGGGCAGACGCGGCCACGAUGCCCCCAUGAUCGCCUAUGACGCCCUCCUCGCAGCAGGCAACAGCUGGACCGAGCUGUGCCAUCGGGCCAUGUUUCACUCAGGUGAGAGCGCAGCCACCGGCACCAUCGCGGGCUGCCUGUUCGGACUGCUGCACGGCCUGGACGGCGUCCCCACGGGCUUGCACCAGGAGCUGGAGCACAAGGCCGCGCUGGAGGAGCUGGGCGCAGCGCUGCACCGCCUGUCCACCGAGGAGAAGUAA